AAACUUAAACAAUAUAUAUAAUUGUAUGCUCAUUCACUAUCCCCAUAUCAUAAACUUCCAUUGCCUUUCCUACACUAUUUCAUAUACUUUAAAACUUAAAAAACUAAUUAAUGGCUGAGAAAAGCAAGAUUUUGUUUAUUGGAGGCACUGGUUACAUUGGGAAGUUUAUUGUAGAAGCUGGCAUAAAGGCUGGUCAUCCUAGCUUUGUUUUAGUUAGAGAGAGUACUGUUGCUGAUCCUAUCAAGGGACAACUUGUUGAGAAAUUCAAGAACUCAGGCGCCACUUUGGUUUAUGGAGAUCUUUACAACCAUGAGAGCUUAGUGAAAGCGAUAAAGCAGGUUGAUGUGGUGAUAUCAACAGUAGGCGCCUUGCAGUUAGCUGAUCAAACCAAGAUCAUUGCUGCCAUCAAGGAAGCUGGUAAUGUUAAGAGAUUCUUCCCGUCAGAGUUUGGAAAUGACGUGGAUCGUCAGAAUGCAGUGGAGCCGGCAAAAUCAACAUUCGCAGUCAAGGCGCAAAUCCGCCGUGCUAUUGAGGCUGAAGGGAUCCCCUACACUUACGUGCCCUGCAACUGCUUCGCUGGCUAUUUUCUCCCUACACUUUGCCAGCCAGGAGUCAGUGCUCCUCCCAGAGACAAAAUCACUAUAAUUGGAGAUGGGAACGUCAAGGCGGUUUUCAACAAUGAAGCAGACAUUGCAGCUUAUACCAUCAAAGCUGUGGAUGACCGAAGAACAUUGAACAAAAUCCUCUUUAUCAGGCCUCCUCAAAACACUUACACAUUCAAUGAGCUUGUUGCUCUAUGGGAAAAGAAGAUUGGAAAAACUCUUGAAAAAGUAUAUGUUCCAGAGGAGCAAGUUCUCAAAGACAUCCAAGAGGCUCCGUUCCCACUCAACAUUGUGAUGUCUAUCAACCACUCGAUUUUGGUGAAGGGUGAUCAGACAAACUUUACGAUCGACCCAUCUUUUGGAGUAGAGGCUUCCGAGCUUUAUCCUGAUGUCAAGUACACCACAGUGGAAGAAUAUCUCCAGCAAUUCGUUUGAGCGAUUAAAAUUAUUCAACCUUUAAUUAGCUGUUACUGAAAUAAUUAUAAAGCUGUUAUCAUUUGCGAUUUCAGCAUGAAGCGUGUAUUGUGUCAUCGUACUCGUGUUUUCUUCGAAUCUAAGACUGAAUCAUAUUGUCGCUAUA